AUGCGCGCCACGCCGAGGAAGGACGCCGGCAGGGGGCUGUGGGCGCGCGGGCUGCCUGCGCGGGCACGCCGACCUAACUGCGCUGCCGCUACCACUGCUGCUGCGGGUCCCCCGGGGGACCUGGCUUGCUCAUCCGUCACCAUGAAGCCGCUGCGCACAGCCCUCCCCAGCUACUUCCUGCUGACCCUGCUCAUCAUGCGGACAGCUGCUUCUGAGGCUCGUGCUGUGUCUACAGGGACCACCCUCAGCGCAGCCUCUUUUCUGCAAAACCUCAUGCAUCGCUACGGGGAGGGUGACAGCCUUACCCUUCAUCAGCUGAAGGCCCUGCUCAACCACCUGGAUGUGGGAGUAGGCCGGAGCAACAUCUCCCAGCCCGUGCAGGGCCCAAGGAACCUCUCGACGUGCUUCAGUUCUGGAGAACUCUUUGCUGCCCACAACCUCAGUCACCAGUCGCAGAUCGGGGAGCGUGAGUUCCAGGAGUUCUGCCCCACCAUCCUCCAGCAGCUGGACUCCAGGGCCUGCUCCUCCGAGAACCAGGAGAAUGAGGAGAACGAGCAGACGGAAGAGGGGAGGCCCAGCUCGGUGGAAGUGUGGGGGUACGGUCUCCUCUGCGUGACCGUCAUCUCCCUCUGCUCCCUCCUGGGGGCCAGCGUUGUGCCCUUCAUGAAGAAGACCUUUUACAAGAGGCUCCUGCUCUACUUCAUAGCUCUGGCGAUUGGAACCCUCUACUCCAACGCCCUCUUCCAGCUCAUCCCUGAGGCUUUCGGCUUCAACCCCAUGGAAGACUAUUAUGUCUCCAAGUCUGCAGUGGUGUUCGGGGGCUUUUAUCUCUUCUUUUUCACAGAGAAGAUCUUGAAGAUGCUCCUUAAACAGAAAAACGAGCAUCAUCACGGACACAGCCACUACACCUCUGAGACGCUCCCCUCCCAGAAGGACCAGGAAGAGGGUGUGACAGAGAAGCUGCAGAACGGGGAUCUGGACCACAUGAUUCCUCAGCACUGCAGCGGGGAGCUGGACGGGAAGACCUCCGUGGUGGAUGAGAAGGUCAUCGUGGGCUCCCUGUCCGUCCAGGACCUGCAGGCUUCCCAGAGCGCCUGCCACUGGCUGAAAGGCGUGCGCUACUCAGACAUCGGCACGCUGGCCUGGAUGAUCACCCUGAGCGACGGCCUCCACAACUUCAUCGACGGCCUGGCUAUCGGCGCCUCCUUCACUGUGUCCGUCUUCCAGGGAAUCAGCACCUCAGUGGCCAUCCUGUGUGAGGAGUUCCCACAUGAGCUUGGAGACUUCGUCAUCCUUCUCAAUGCCGGCAUGAGUCUUCAGCAGGCUCUCUUUUUCAACUUCCUCUCUGCCUGCUGCUGUUACGUGGGCCUGGGCUUCGGCAUCUUAGCCGGCAGCCACUUCUCUGCCAACUGGAUCUUUGCACUGGCUGGAGGAAUGUUCUUAUAUAUUUCACUGGCUGAUAUGUUCCCUGAGAUGAACGAGGUCAGCCAAGAGGAUGAACGCAAGGGCAGCACCUUGAUCCCCUUUGUCAUCCAGAACCUGGGCCUCUUGACCGGGUUUGGCAUCAUGCUAGUCCUCACCAUGUACUCGGGACAUAUCCAGAUUGGAUAG